UUCAACUCUCACCGAGCGGAGAGGAGGACGGAGGCUCCUUUACGAAGAUGUGAAGAUAAAAACCCCGAGCUACAGCCACCACAGAGCGGCGUGUUUUUUACCUUUCACUCGGGAGAAGAUAUUUUUUAAAUAAAUGCACUUUGUAGCACGACGACAGCGGCGUUUUUCCUCCUCUUGUUUUAUUUUAUUUUUUCGCAUUUGUGCGCGAGCGCUAUGGCAGUUCAGUUCACAUCCGGGCCACAAUGCCUUGACUCCAUUAUUGUCUAAAAACUGGCGGAGAGGGUGAUAAACCUUUUGAUUUUUCGCCGCUAAACACACAUUUUUACUUCGAGCAGUGACGGCUGGAACCGAGAGGAGAUGUCUAACCAAGGAGUUCGGCGGAAUGGCCCCGUGAAGCUGCGAUUAACAGUCCUCUGCGCCAAAAAUCUGGUGAAGAAAGAUUUCUUCCGCCUCCCUGAUCCGUUUGCAAAGGUCGUGGUGGACGGUUCAGGGCAAUGCCACUCAACAGACACUGUGAGGAACACACUCGACCCCAAGUGGAACCAACAUUAUGACCUAUACAUCGGGAAAUCAGACUCCAUCACAAUCAGCGUGUGGAAUCACAAAAAGAUCCACAAGAAGCAAGGUGCUGGUUUCCUGGGCUGUGUCCGCCUUCUGUCCAACGCAAUCAACCGCCUUAAAGACACAGGCUACCAGAGACUAGACUUGAACAAGCUGAGUCCCAAUGACAGUGACACAGUUAGAGGACAGAUAGUGGUGAGCCUGCAGUCGAGGGACCGGAUAGGCACAGGAGGCCCUGUGGUGGACUGCAGCCGACUGUUUGACAAUGAUCUUCCAGAUGGCUGGGAGGAAAGGAGGACCGCGUCUGGACGAAUCCAGUACUUGAACCACAUCACACGCACCACACAGUGGGAGAGGCCGACCAGGCCUGCAUCGGAGUACUCCAGCCCUGGCCGACCUCUCAGCUGCAUUGUGGAUGAAAACACGCCUAUCAGCACGAAUGGAGCCACACCCACCACAGCAUUACCCCCCACCGAAGGUGACCAGCGUGCCCAGGAGAGACGGGUUCGAUCUCAGAGGCAUCGAAACUACAUGAGCAGGACCCACCUGCACACGCCCCCUGACCUACCCGAGGGAUAUGAGCAGAGGACCACGCAGCAAGGCCAGGUGUACUUUCUCCACACUCAGACAGGUGUCAGCACGUGGCAUGAUCCCAGAGUACCAAGAGAUCUUAGUAAUGUGAACUGUGAGGAGCUGGGUCCUUUACCUCCUGGAUGGGAGAUAAGAAACACGGCCACUGGGAGAGUUUACUUCGUCGACCACAACAACCGAACCACACAGUUCACAGACCCGCGCCUCUCCGCCAACCUGCAUCUAGUCCUAAAUCCAAGUCCCAACGGUUCUCGAGGAGGCAUCGAAACACAGAAUGUCAGUCAUCAGAACCAGUUGAAAGAUCAGGCCCAGCAGGCUCUGGUGUCCCCCGCUCAGCUCCCAGAGGAGGCAGAGUGCCUCACGGUGCCCAAGUACAAGAGGGACCUCGUGCAGAAGCUCAAGAUCCUCCGCCAGGAACUGUCCCAGCAGCAGCCUCAGGCCGGACACUGCCGUAUCGAGGUGUCCAGAGAGGAGAUCUUUGAGGAAUCAUAUCGACAGGUGAUGAAGAUGAGGCCGAAGGAUCUAUGGAAAAGGCUCAUGGUGAAGUUCAGAGGAGAGGAAGGGCUCGACUAUGGAGGAGUGGCCAGGGAGUGGCUCUAUCUGCUGUCGCACGAGAUGCUGAACCCAUACUAUGGCCUCUUCCAGUACUCCCGUGAUGACAUUUACACUCUGCAGAUAAACCCCGACUCUGCUGUCAACCCUGAGCACUUGUCUUACUUUCACUUCGUCGGUCGUAUCAUGGGGAUGGCGGUGUUUCACGGACACUACAUAGAUGGAGGAUUCACUCUGCCUUUCUACAAACAGCUGCUGGGUAAACCCAUCACUCUGGACGACAUGGAGUCUGUCGACCCCGACCUCCACAAUAGCCUCGUCUGGAUCCUGGACAAUGACAUCACAGGUGUGCUGGACCACACCUUCUGUGUCGAACACAACGCAUAUGGAGAGAUCAUCCAACAUGAGCUGAAGCCGAAUGGGAAGAGCAUCCCGGUCACGCAGGAUACAAAGAAAGAGUACGUCCGACUCUACGUCAACUGGCGUUUCCUGAGAGGGAUCGAGGCGCAGUUCCUCGCUCUGCAGAAAGGCUUCAACGAGGUCAUCCCACAACACUUGCUGAAGGCUUUCGAUGAGAAGGAGCUCGAGCUGAUUGUGUGCGGUCUGGGUAAAAUUGAUAUCAAUGACUGGAAGUCGAACACACGGCUCAAACACUGCACUCCAGACAGCAACAUCGUGAAGUGGUUCUGGAAAGCCGUGGAAUCGUUUGAUGAAGAGAGGCGGGCACGGCUGCUGCAGUUCGUCACCGGCUCCUCCAGAGUUCCUCUGCAAGGUUUCAAGGCUCUCCAAGGUGCUGCUGGUCCACGGCUCUUUACCAUCCACCAGAUCGAUGCUAGCACCAACAACCUGCCCAAAGCCCACACCUGUUUCAAUCGGAUCGACAUUCCUCCGUACGAGCACUACGACAAACUGUACGACAAGCUGCUCACUGCCAUCGAGGAGACGUGCGGCUUCGCUGUGGAGUGACUCACUGACGACGGCAGCGCUGAGAAACAUCCAGAAGUAACACGGUCAUAUCCUGAUGAGCCUUCUCCUCGCAAACCUGCCGCUCACACGGGAGGGGGGUCACACCAGGUUGCUUCACCCAGGGGAGACUUCCUGGGGACGUGUGGCCGAGCUAAAGAAGGGAGGGAGGGAAGAGAAGACGAGAAAAUGUCAUCAGACUUUUUUAUUUUAAACCCUCCGGCCCUCCUUUAUGUCUUUUUUUUAUUGUUGGAAAGGAUUUCUUCAGCUGCUAAUAACUCAGACUCUUUACUAACUCGUGGAACCUGCAAAAUGUUGCCAGCUCUUCCCUUUUUUUUCUACGUUCAUUUUAGCAUUUAAAAAACAGACUGUAAUCCAUGUAGCAACGCUCCCAUCUUCCCAAACAGAACACAAAGUCAGGCCUCUCUGAAAGAAGACUGCUCUGUCUGGUUUGACUGGUUCAUUAGAGUAAUUAAAGGUUAUCGACACCACUCGGAAACACUACGUUUGGAAGCAGAGCAUGCAGGACUCUGGGUGAUUGGCGCUUCGGGUGCUAUCAGAAAUGCCAAGGCUGAGAAAACAGGAGAUGAAAAACACUGAAUUAGAGCCCGAAUGUUUACAACCCUCUCCAAAGACAGCAGCAGCAUCGUCUGCUACUGAGCCGCCGCCCAAUCACAGACGCUGCAUUCCCACAAUCCCACAACACACGAUCGACAGCUCGUUUUGUUUGAAGAUGAAUACAUGAAUGCAUAGCUUAAAUGUGUUAUUUUUAUAUAACAUGGGGAAAAGAAACAAUAAAAUUCUAUAUAAUAUAUCUAAUUUAUUGCUGUUAUAUUCCAGAAAACCCUCUCUGAUGUCCCAGAUAAACACACCUUUUUAAAUGUUUAAUGUUUAAAUUAUAAAAGACAAGCCGAUUUAAGCUUGACUGAAUCUCACUUUUAAGAAUGCUGUUGUUUAUUUCUGGUCUCAUACUGUACCAGGAGGGGUGUGCAUCUUAAAAGGGCAAAAAUAACUAAAACAAAACAUCCUCUCUGAGUGCCAUAAACGUCUUUGAAUGAGUGAACUUUUGCAGAACUAAACAGACCCUUUAAAUUCUACUGAUUUCAUCCUGGCGCUUCACAAAGUGUUGUGACGUUUAUAGCAGUCCAUUAUCUGUAGCGGGGCUGUUUUAACGUCGCUACCGUUCAUUUUUUUUCCUUUCAGAGGAGUCAGAAAAUCCCACAGAAUUCAAUUUGAGCCAUUAGAUUUAGAAGAAUCACUUCUAACUUCUCGGGUUGUCAUAAAAUAAAAAUUUUUAACUUUGAUGCAAUCCUAGUAAAAACAAGUGAUAAUGAUUUUUCUUUUAAUACCACAGCAACAGAAAUAGAAGUCCUAGGCACCAUCUCCUGUUUUUUUUUUUGUUUUUUGUUUUUUUCCAGCAAUUGCAGGCAAACUCCCACACAAUAUCUAUAAGACACAAAUACACUGGCAGCAUUUGGGUACCGAAACACUGCCAAAGUAUUUGUGCAACUUAGUCACAUCUUCAGCCAUAUUUUGAACCAAAAAGAGUCAAGCAAAAGAGAGAAAGCACUGUCUAAAUCACGCUUAAACAUUGUCCAUUAUCACCAAAGCUGAUUGGGAUUUACAUGGACAGGAUCUCGAGGCACAUCCAAGGGAAGGGGGGUUUCCAGUAUUGCGACAUCAGAAUUGCACCUCUGCUUUUUUUUGCAGAUGAUGGGAUUCUGUUGGCGUCUUUAGCCAGUGACCUCCUGCAGGUAUCAGCGUAGUUUGCAGCCCAGACCAUCCACACUGGAUCUGUUCGAUCUUUAAUUUUCUGCUAUGUAAAUGUCAGUUUCUCCUUGUAAAAAUAAGACAUCUAGCUCUUAUGUUGAAAGCCAUCAAAUAGGCUUGUGUAGCAUUGUAUUGAUGAACCUUAAGCAGCUUUGUGGUAAAAAACUUAAGUCUGUGUUGACAGAGACAGUACAUUUUAAACAUGGAUAUGUUAUUGAUGCACAGCUAUCCUGUAUUAAACAUGCCAACAAGCUCUGCAGUGUGGUAAGAUAUAAUAUUUGUGCAACUUGGACAGUACUCUCUGUCUCUCUCUCUGACUUGCCACUUUAUGUUUUAAAAAUAUGACUGAAGAUCAAAGCAUUUUAAAAGCUUUGUCACUUUCUGAAACUACCAUUAAAAUCGAUUGUAUUGUUUUGAAAUCUAAAUUCUGGCAACCUUACUACCUUCUCUCCAUCCAUGGUGCUUCAAGCAUUAAUCUUUGUCUUUUAUUGACAACUUUAUUCGACGUACUACUGCUUAAAGUGCUCGACACACUACUCGUACUCGUACCAUGAAACAUGUCCAAGAAACCAAGAGCUCUACCUUUCCACAUUCUCAGGAGACUCCGUAUGUAGUCUGUGAUGUCCGCCUGACGAUGAACUAAUUUUAUUUCCUGAAUGUUUCGGGGUGAAAAAGUCUCGUCCCUCAUUAUUUUGCCCCCAUGAAGAGAAAGCAACUGUUGCAUGUGUCCACUUGUGCUUUUGAUUGAAAGGGAACUGAAUGAGACGACUCCUGUUGAAGCCUGCUACAUUUUUAUUUGGAGUGUUUUCUACGAUUAAAAAUGAAAUUCUUGAAUGUUUUCAAAAGAUGCUGCCUGUCUAGCAAUCUCUAUGACCGUGGACUGUUCUUAAUGUUUGCAUACACUACAAAAAAAUGUCAUUUUCUUUCUUUUAUGUAAGACUAAUGUGUAUGCAAAGUGAAAAGUGUCCUCAGAUGGUGCUUUGUACAGUAAUAAAAUAUUGUUCAUAUAUGUGGAUCAAACAACCUGUAAUUUAUCUUUAACUUAAGUAGAUUUUUCUUGAAAUGAAAAGAGGAAUUGCACACAAACGGAGGGAGGUUGCCGCAUGUAGUUGACGGUGACUUCUGUAUUCAUAGGCCUUUUUAAGUCCAGUGCACAAGCUGAUCGCCCUACUGUCCGUUCCUUUAUGUCAUCGCUCAGUGUAGCCGCCUCUCAUCGAAGAACCCAACUUUUUAUUCACAUUGAGAGGGAUACAGCUCCUUUUUUUUAUCUUUAGCAUGAUCCACUAGCAGGACUAUAUCUCUCAUAGCAGACUGAUGCAAUUUGAUGUAUGUUAACACUAUCAUUUUGUAAGAGUAUUUUAUUUUUGUGUGUAAUUAGUUCUAAUUAAACUUGUCUAACAAUGUAAG